AUGCAAAAUGACACUGCUGAGUUCGUGGAUCUGUUCUUACCAUGGAAAUGCUCCCUGAGCAACAGGAUCAUCAGGGCCAAGGACCAUGGGUCCAUCCAGAUGAAUGUGGCUGGGAUUGACAAGGUCAAAGACAGAUUCAGUGGCCAAUUUAAAACUUAUGCGAUUUGUGGAACAAUUCAUAGAAUGGGAGAAUCUGAUGAGUCUAUUCUCUGGCUGGCAAAACAUGAUGGUAUUGUUUCAAAGAAUUUCUAA